AUGAAAAGUUCUUGGCUUCACACAGUGAAUGAUGAUGAAGUGGUUCUGCAGUGCACUGCAACUAUUCACAAGGAACAACAGAAACUGUGUCUUGCUGCAGAAGGAUUUGGCAACAGGCUCUGUUUUUUGGAAUCCACUUCAAAUUCUAAGAAUGUGCCACCGGAUCUUUCCAUUUGUACUUUUGUGCUGGAACAAUCCUUGUCCGUGCGAGCUCUACAGGAAAUGCUGGCUAACACUGAAGAGAAAGCAGAAGGGCUUGUUGAUGUGGAAAAAUGGAAAUUUAUGAUGAAGACUGCACAAGGUGGUGGUCAUCGAACGCUUCUAUAUGGACAUGCAAUAUUGCUGCGUCAUUCCUACAGUGGCAUGUAUCUUUGCUGUCUCUCCACCUCACGGUCUUCAAUGGAUAAACUGGCAUUUGACGUGGGAUUGCAAGAAGACACAACUGGUGAGGCCUGCUGGUGGACCAUACAUCCCGCCUCCAAACAGCGAUCAGAGGGAGAAAAAGUGCGUGUUGGAGAUGACCUCAUCUUAGUUAGUAUCUCUUCAGAAAGAUAUUUGCAUCUUUCAUAUGGCAAUGGAAGCUUACAUGUUGAUGCAGCUUUUCAACAAACACUCUGGAGUGUAGCCCCAAUCAGUUCAGGAAGCGAAGUAGCCCAAGGAUAUCUGAUAGGAGGUGAUGUGCUGAGAUUAUUACAUGGUCACAUGGAUGAAUGCCUGACUGUCCCUUCAGGGGAACAUGGAGAAGAACAGCGAAGAACUGUCCACUAUGAAGGUGGUGCUGUGUCGAUUCAUGCUCGUUCCCUAUGGCGACUAGAGACCCUAAGAGUUGCGUGGAGUGGAAGCCACAUUAGAUGGGGACAGCCAUUCAGAUUAAGGCAUAUAACGACAGGGAAAUAUUUAAGUCUCAUGGAUGACAAGAGUCUUCUUCUUAUGGACAAAGAGAAAGCUGAUGUGAAAUCUACAGCAUUUUGUUUUCGGUCUUCCAAGGAAAAAUUGGAUAUAGGGAUAAGAAAGGAGGUUGAUGGAAUGGGAGCACCUGAAAUAAAGUAUGGGGACUCAGUAUGCUACAUACAACAUGCAGACGCAGGCCUCUGGCUCACAUACCAGUCUGUUGAUGCAAAGUCUGUAAGAAUGGGAUCAGUGCAACGCAAGGCUAUAAUGCACCAUGAAGGCCACAUGGAUGAUGGUUUGACCUUGUCCAGAUCUCAGCAUGAAGAGUCCCGUACAGCACGAGUCAUUCGUAGUACAGUCUUCCUUUUCAACAGGUUUAUCAGGGGCCUUGAUGCUCUCAGCAAGAAAGUGAAGUCUUCCACAGUUGACUUGCCCAUUGAGUCGGUCAGUUUGAGCCUUCAGGACUUGAUCGGCUAUUUCCACCCACCAGAUGAACAUUUAGAACAUGAAGACAAACAGAACAGGCUAAGAGCACUGAAGAAUCGACAGAAUCUCUUCCAAGAAGAGGGUAUGAUCAACCUUGUCCUCGAAUGCAUUGAUCGCUUGCACGUGUACAGCAGUGCAGCCCAUUUUGCUGACGUAGCUGGGAAGGAAGCAGGAGAGUCUUGGAAAUCCAUUCUAAAUUCUUUGUAUGAGUUAUUAGCGGCACUUAUUAGGGGAAAUCGUAAAAACUGUGCUCAGUUUUCUGGAUCUCUUGACUGGUUGAUCAGCAGAUUGGAAAGAUUGGAAGCCUCUUCUGGAAUUCUGGAGGUUUUGCACUGUGUGCUGGUUGAAAGUCCAGAAGCUCUAAAUAUUAUUAAGGAAGGACAUAUUAAAUCGAUUAUCUGUCUUUUGGACAAACAUGGAAGAAACCAUAAGGUUUUAGAUGUCUUGUGCUCUCUCUGUGUAUGCCAUGGAGUAGCUGUGCGGUCUAAUCAACACCUAAUAUGUGACAAUCUCCUACCAGGAAGAGAUCUCCUCCUACAGACACGCCUUGUCAACCAUGUGAGCAGCAUGAGACCCAAUAUCUUCCUUGGGAUCAGCGAAGGCUCUGCCCAGUACAGAAAAUGGUACUAUGAACUUAUGGUGGACUAUGUGGAGCCGUUUGUGACAGCAGAAGCAACUCAUUUUCGAGUGGGCUGGGCUUCAACAGAGGGCUAUUCACCCUAUCCUGGGGGAGGUGAAGAAUGGGGUGGAAAUGGUGUUGGCGAUGACCUGUACUCUUAUGGAUUCGAUGGUCUUCAUCUGUGGUCAGGCUGUAUUGCACGGACAGUGAAUUCACCCAAUCCUCAUCUCUUAAGAACAGACGAUGUCAUUAGCUGCUGUUUGGAUCUGAGUGCUCCAAGCAUCUCAUUCCGGAUAAAUGGUCAGCCCGUUCAAGGGAUGUUUGAGAAUUUCAACAUUGAUGGCCUCUUCUUUCCCGUAGUCAGUUUCUCGGCAGGAAUAAAAGUACGUUUCCUGCUUGGAGGCCGCCAUGGAGAGUUUAAAUUCCUGCCUCCACUUGGGUAUGCACCCUGCUUUGAAGCUGUUCUGCCAAAAGAGAAGCUAAAAGUGGAACAUAGCCGAGAAUACAAACAAGAUCACCACUGUGCAAGAGACCUAUUAGGUCCAACCAUCUCUUUAUCUCAAGCAGCCUUCACACCAGUACCAGUGGAUACUAGCCAGAUUGUAUUGCCUCCUCACCUGGAAAGAAUUAGAGAAAAAUUAGCAGAGAACAUCCAUGAACUCUGGGUUAUGAAUAAAAUUGAACUUGGCUGGCAGUAUGGCCCAGUUAGAGAUGACAACAAAAGACAACAUCCGUGUUUGGUAGAGUUUUCCAAGUUGCCAGAGCAGGAACGAAAUUAUAAUUUACAAAUGUCACUUGAGACACUCAAAACCCUGUUGGCUUUAGGUUGUCAUGUUGGAAUUGCUGAUGAAUAUGCUGAAGAAAAAGUGAAAAAACUGAAACUUCCUAAGAAUUACCAGUUAUCAUGUGGAUACAAGCCCGCUCCUAUGGAUCUGAGCUUUAUCAAGCUGACACCUUCUCAAGAAGCCAUGGUGGAUAAACUAGCAGAGAAUGCUCACAAUGUGUGGGCAAGGGACCGUAUCAGACAGGGUUGGACAUACGGUAUCCAGCAGGAUGUGAAGAAUCGACGAAACCCCCGCCUUGUCCCCUAUGCCCUUCUGGAUGAUCGUACCAAGAAGUCAAACAAAGAUAGCCUCCGGGAGGCUGUCCGCACCCUUCUUGGCUAUGGUUACAACCUUGAAGCUCCUGAUCAAGAUCAUGAUAAACAUAAGGAUUUUUUUAAAAACUUUGCAGCUACAAGGUUAGAUGUGUACAGUGGGAUAAUGGAAAGAUUUCGGAUAUUCCGCACUGAGAAGACUUAUGCAGUGAAGGCUGGAAAAUGGUACUUUGAGUUUGAGGUGGUCACUGCAGGAGACAUGAGAGUUGGCUGGACCAGACCAGGCUGCCAACCAGACCAAGAACUUGGUUCAGAUGAGCAAGCUUUUGUCUUUGAUGGCUUCAAGGCCCAGCGAUGGCACCAGGGUAAUGAGCAUUUCGGCCGCUCUUGGUUGGCAGGGGAUGUCGUGGGAUGUAUGGUUGACAUGAAUGAGCACACCAUGAUGUUCACCCUGAACGGUGAAAUCCUGCUUGAUGACUCAGGUUCAGAGCUUGCAUUUAAGGACUUUGAGGUUGGUGAUGGAUUUAUACCUGUGUGCAGCCUGGGUUUGUCUCAAGUGGGAAGAAUGAACUUUGGCAAAGAUGUCAGCACCCUGAAAUAUUUUACUAUAUGUGGCUUACAAGAAGGCUAUGAACCUUUCGCUGUUAAUACAAACAGAGAAAUUACCAUGUGGUUAAGCAAGAGACUUCCUCAGUUUUUCCCAGUGCCACCAAACCAUGAACACAUUGAGGUGAUGAGAAUAGAUGGUACCAUAGACAGUUCCCCCUGUUUGAAGGUCACACAAAAGUCCUUUGGCUCACAGAACAGCAAAACCGGCGUCAUGUUUUAUCGCUUGAGCAUGCCUAUUGAGUGUGCAGAAGUGUUCUCCAAAACAUCAGCAGGAGGGUUGCCAGGCACUGGUCUUUUUGGCCCAAAGAGUGACUUGGAGGAUUAUGAUGCUGAUUCUGAUUUUGAGGUUCUGAUGAAGACAGCUCAUGGUCACCUAGUGCCUGAUCGGACAGAAAAGGAAAAAGAAGCUACAAAAGUGGAGUUCAAUAACCACAAAGAUUACACUCAAGAAAAACCUUCACGUCUUAAGCAAAGAUUUAUGCUCAGAAGGACAAAGCCAGAUUACAGUACAAGCCACUCUGCACGGCUCACGGAGGAUGUUCUGGCAGAUGACAGAGAUGAUUAUGAUUACCUGAUGCAUACUUCUACGUAUUAUUACGCGGUGAGAAUAUUUCCUGGGCAAGAACCUGCUAAUGUCUGGGUGGGCUGGAUUACGUCUGACUUCCAUCAAUACGACAUGACCUUUGACUUGGACAGAGUGCGCACUGUUACAGUGACACUAGGGGAUGAAAAAGGAAAGGUUCAUGAAAGUAUUAAACGCAGCAACUGCUAUAUGGUGUGCGCCGGAGAGAGCAUGAGCCCAGGACAAGGGCGCAACAACAACGGGCUGGAGAUUGGCUGUGUGGUCGAUGCUGCCAGUGGGUUGCUAACCUUCACUGCUAAUGGCAAGGAACUGAGUACCUAUUAUCAGGUUGAACCAAGUACUAAGUUAUUUCCUGCAGUUUUUGCACAAGCUACAAGUCCAAAUGUUUUCCAGUUUGAGUUGGGAAGGAUAAAGAAUGUAAUGCCAUUGUCUGCUGGCUUGUUCAAAAGUGAGCACAAAAAUCCAGUCCCCCAGUGCCCUCCCCGUCUCCAUCUCCAGUUUUUGACCCACGUGUUAUGGAGCAGAAUGCCAAACCACUUUCUGAAGGUUGAUAUCUCACGGGUCAGUGAUCGUCAAGGCUGGAUGGUACAGUGCUUGGAUCCUUUGCAGUUCAUGUCCCUCCAUAUCCCAGAAGAAAACAGGUCUGUAGAUAUUUUAGAAUUGACAGAACAAGAAGAAUUGCUGAAAUUUCACUAUCAUACCCUCCGAUUGUAUUCAGCCGUUUGUGCUCUAGGAAACAACCGGGUGGCACACGCUAUGUGUAGCCAUGUGGAUGAAUCUCAGCUUCUCUAUGCCAUUGAGAACAAGUACAUGCCAGGCUUACUGCGCACAGGCUACUAUGACUUACUCAUUGACAUCCACCUCAGCACUUACGCCACUGCCAGGUUAAUGAUGAAUAGUGAAUUUAUUGUUCCAAUGACGGAUGAGACAAAGAGCAUUACUCUUUUCCCUGAUGAGAACAAAAAACAUGGCCUCCCUGGCAUAGGUCUCAGUACCUCACUGCGACCUAGAAUCCAGUUCUCCUCUCCCAGCUUUGUAAGCAUUAGCAGUGAGUGCUAUCAGUUUAGCCCUGAAUUUCCUCUGGAUAUCUUAAAGGCCAAAACUAUAGAGAUGCUAACUGAGGCUGUUCAGGAAGGUAACCUCCAUGUCCGAGAUCCUGUAGGGGGUACUACAGAGUUUCUCUUUGUCCCUCUCAUCAAGCUUUUUUACACCUUGCUAAUCAUGGGAGUCUUUCAUAAUGGGGAUCUGAAGCACAUCUUGCAGCUGAUUGAGCCCAGUGUUUUCAAGGAAGCCAUGAGCCAGGAGGAGAAGAAUGAAGUGCCAGAGAAGGAGUUGAGUACAGAGGAGGUAAAGCCAGAAGGAGGAGAGGAAGAAAUCAAAGGGAGGCGAGUGCUGAAGGAAGGUCUUCUUCAAAUGAAACUUCCUGAACCAGUAAAAUUGCAGAUGUGUUACCUACUCCAGUACCUCUGUAACUGCCAGAUACGUCACCGAAUAGAAGCCAUUGUAGCAUUUUCUGAUGAUUUUGUGGCUAAGCUUCAAGAGAAUCAGCGAUUCCGAUAUAAUGAAGUUAUGCAGGCAUUAAAUAUGUCAGCUGCACUGACGGCCAGAAAAACAAAAGAGUUUCGGUCUCCACCUCAAGAGCAGAUUAACAUGCUCCUGAAUUUUAAGGAUGAUAAAAGUGAUUGUCCUUGCUCUGAAGAAAUUAGAGAUCAACUCUUGGAGUUCCAUGGAGACUUAAUGACACAUUGUGGAAUUGAACUCGAUGAAGAUGGAGUCCUGGAUGGAAACAGUGAUUUAACCUUUAGAGGUCGCCUCAUGUACCUAGUAGAAAAAGUCACAUAUUUGAAGAAGAAACAAAAUGAGAAACCUGUUGAUAAUGAUGCUAAGAAACCCUCUACUCUUCAGCAACUGAUUUCAGAGACCAUGGUACGCUGGGCCCAGGAGUCCGUAAUAGAGGAUCCAGAGUUAGUGAGGGCCAUGUUUGUAUUGCUUCAUCGCCAAUAUGAUGGUAUCGGAGGUCUGGUUCGAAGCUUACCAAAGACCUACACCAUAAAUGGUGUAUCAGUGGAAGAUACAAUCAACCUCUUGGCAUCUCUGGGCCAGAUCCGUUCCUUGCUCAGUGUCAGAAUGGGCAAGGAGGAAGAGAAGCUUAUGAUUCGUGGAUUAGGAGACAUCAUGAAUAAUAAAGUGUUUUACCAGCAUCCUAAUCUUAUGAGGGCUCUAGGAAUGCAUGAGACUGUCAUGGAGGUGAUGGUAAAUGUACUCGGAGGAGGAGAAUCAAAGGAAAUCACCUUUCCUAAGAUGGUGGCAAAUUGCUGUCGUUUUCUAUGUUACUUCUGCCGUAUCAGCAGGCAGAAUCAAAAGGCCAUGUUUGAUCAUCUCAGUUAUUUAUUGGAAAACAGCAGUGUUGGGCUUGCUUCCCCUUCUAUGCGAGGAUCAACCCCUCUAGAUGUUGCAGCAGCAUCUGUGAUGGAUAACAAUGAACUUGCACUAGCUUUGAGAGAGCCUGACCUGGAGAAGGUAGUUCGCUAUUUAGCUGGGUGUGGUUUGCAAAGCUGUCCUUUGCUGGUUUCUAAGGGCUAUCCAGACAUUGGAUGGAAUCCGGUUGAAGGAGAGCGGUAUCUGGAUUUUCUCCGAUUUGCAGUUUUUUGCAAUGGAGAGAGUGUUGAAGAGAAUGCUAAUGUGGUGGUCAGGCUGCUUAUUCGUCGUCCUGAGUGCUUUGGUCCAGCAUUGAGAGGGGAAGGAGGUAACGGAUUACUUGCUGCUAUGGAGGAAGCUAUAAAAAUAUCAGAAGAUUCUACCAGAGAUGGACCUUCUCCAAGUACUGGAUCCAGUAAAACUCUUGAGAUGGAAGAAGAAGAUGACACUAUCCACAUGGGAAACGCCAUCAUGACUUUUUAUGCUGCUUUGAUUGACCUCUUGGGACGUUGUGCCCCUGAAAUGCAUCUAAUCCAUGCUGGCAAAGGAGAAGCCAUUAGGAUCAGGUCUAUUCUGCGAUCUUUGAUUCCCCUGCAAGAUUUGGUGGGUGUAAUUAGCAUUCCUUUCCACAUGCCAACAAUAGCAAAAGAUGGUACUGUGGUGGAACCUGACAUGUCAGCGGGGUUUUGCCCAGAUCACAAGGCAGCCAUGGUUUUGUUCCUUGACAGAGUCUAUGGAAUUGAGGACCAGGAAUUCCUUCUACAUCUCCUUGAAGUUGGCUUUCUGCCAGAUCUCCGUGCUGCUGCCUCUUUAGACACGGCUGCUUUGAGUGCUACAGACAUGGCCUUGGCUCUGAAUCGAUACCUUUGUACUGCAGUCCUGCCUUUGUUGACCAGAUGUGCUCCUCUUUUUGCUGGCACGGAACACCAUGCCUCCCUCAUAGAUUCCUUAUUACAUACCGUGUACAGACUCUCCAAAGGCUGCUCUCUUACCAAAGCUCAGCGGGAUUCAAUUGAAGAAUGUUUACUCUCUAUUUGUGGCCAAUUGAGGCCUUCCAUGAUGCAACACUUGCUGAGGAGAUUAGUAUUUGAUGUUCCUCUAUUAAAUGAACAUGCAAAGAUGCCUCUGAAGUUGCUCACAAAUCAUUAUGAAAGAUGCUGGAAGUAUUAUUGCCUGCCAGGUGGGUGGGGCAACUUUGGAGCUGCAUCAGAAGAAGAACUUCAUUUAUCCAGAAAAUUGUUCUGGGGAAUUUUUGAUGCCUUGUCUCAAAAGAAGUAUGAACAGGAACUUUUCAAACUGGCUUUGCCCUGUCUCAGUGCAGUUGCAGGAGCCUUGCCUCCAGACUACAUGGAAUCCAACUAUGUCAGUAUGAUGGAAAAACAGGCUUCAAUGGAUUCAGAUGGGAACUUUAACCCACAACCUGUUGAUACUUCAAAUAUUACAAUUCCUGAAAAGCUGGAAUAUUUCAUUAACAAAUAUGCAGAACAUUCUCAUGAUAAAUGGUCAAUGGAAAAGUUUGCAAAUGGAUGGAUAUAUGGUGAAAUGUAUUCUGAGUCUUCCAAGGUGCAGCCAUUAAUGAAACAAUAUAAACUAUUAUCAGAAAAGGAAAAAGAAAUUUAUCGGUGGCCAAUCAAAGAAUCUUUGAAAACCAUGCUAGCUUGGGGAUGGCGGAUUGAAAGGACAAGAGAGGGAGAUAGUAUGGCUCUUUAUAAUAGGACACGUCGCAUAUCUCAGACAAGUCAGGUGUCUGUAGAUGCUGCCCAUGGUUACAGCCCUCGAGCUAUUGACAUGAGCAACGUUACCCUUUCCAGAGAUUUGCAUGCUAUGGCUGAAAUGAUGGCUGAAAACUACCAUAACAUAUGGGCAAAGAAAAAGAAAAUGGAACUGGAAGCGAAAGUAGGGGGAGGCAACCACCCUCUGCUGGUUCCCUAUGAUACGCUGACAGCCAAAGAGAAAGCCAAAGACCGAGAGAAAGCACAGGAUAUUCUCAAGUUUCUACAGAUCAAUGGAUAUGCUGUAUCUAGAGGAUUAAAGGACCUGGAGUUAGACACCCCUUCCAUUGAGAAACGUUUUGCUUACAGUUUCCUUCAGCAGCUGAUAAGAUAUGUGGAUGAAGCUCAUCAGUACAUUCUGGAGUUUGAUGGUGGCAGCAGAGGCAAAGGAGAACAAUUCCCUUAUGAGCAAGAAAUCAAGUUCUUUGCCAAAGUUGUGCUCCCUUUAAUCGAUCAAUAUUUCAAAAAUCAUCGACUAUAUUUCUUAUCUGCGGCAAGCAGGCCUCUCAGCACUGGUGGACAUGCCUCUAAUAAGGAGAAGGAAAUGGUGACAAGCCUGUUCUGCAAACUUGGAGUUCUUGUCAGGCAUAGGAUUUCACUGUUUGGAAAUGAUGCGACAUCGAUAGUCAAUUGUCUUCAUAUACUUGGCCAGACUUUGGAUGCAAGGACCGUGAUGAAGACUGGUCUGGAAUCUGUUAAAAUGGCACUGAGAGCAUUUUUGGAUAAUGCUGCAGAAGAUCUGGAGAAGACAAUGGAAAAUCUAAAGCAAGGCCAGUUUACACACACGAGAAAUCAACCAAAGGGAGUGACACAAAUCAUUAACUACACCACAGUGGCUCUCCUCCCAGUACUCUCUUCAUUAUUUGAACAUAUUGGACAGCAUCAAUUUGGAGAAGAUUUAAUAUUGGACGAUGUUCAAGUCUCUUGUUACAGAAUAUUGGCCAGCUUGUACUCUCUAGGAACCAGUAAGAGUAUCUAUGUGGAGCGGCAGCGCUCAUCUUUAGGAGAAUGUCUGGCUGCUUUUGCUGGUGCCUUCCCUGUGGCCUUUUUGGAAACUUAUCUGAACAAACAUAACACCUACUCUGUCUACAACACCAAGUCUGCAAGAGACAGAGCAGCUCUUAAUUUGCCAAUCAGUGUAGAAGAGGUUUGUCCAAAAAUUCCUUCCCUGGAGAAGUUAAUGGAAGAAAUUGUGGAAUUGGCAGAGUCUGGUAUUCGUUAUACACAAAUGCCACAUGUAAUGGAAGUGGUACUACCUAUGCUGUGUAGCUACAUGUCACACUGGUGGGAACAUGGGCCAGAAAACAACCCUGACAAGGCUGAAAUGUGCUGCACGGCUUUGACCUCAGAGCACAUGAACACUCUGUUGGGCAACAUACUGAAAAUCAUCUAUAACAACCUGGGUAUUGAUGAGGGAGCCUGGAUGAAGAGAUUAGCAGUGUUUUCCCAGCCUAUCAUAAGCAAAGUGAAGCCUCAGCUCUUGAAGACCCACUUCCUGCCACUGAUGGAUAAGCUGAAGAAAAAAACAGCAAUGGUUGUAUCAGAAGAAGACCAUCUAAGAGCAGAAGGCAGAGGUGACAUGUCUGAGGCUGAACUGCUUAUCCUAGAUGAGUUUACCACUUUGGCACGGGACCUCUAUGCCUUCUAUCCUUUAUUGAUUAGAUUUGUGGACUAUAACAGGGCAAAAUGGCUGAAAGAGCCCAACCCGGAAGCAGAGGAACUGUUCCGCAUGGUGGCCGAGGUAUUCGUUUACUGGUCAAAAUCCCACAAUUUCAAAAGGGAAGAGCAGAAUUUUGUGGUACAGAAUGAAAUCAACAACAUGUCUUUCCUUAUUAGUGACACCAAAUCCAAGAUGUCAAAGGCAGCUGUUUCUGACCAGGAGAGAAAGAAAAUGAAACGAAAGGGAGACCGGUAUUCUGUGCAGACAUCUCUCAUUGUUGCAGCACUGAAAAGAUUGCUACCUAUUGGUCUAAAUAUUUGUGCACCUGGGGACCAAGAGUUAAUUGCACUGGCCAAAACCAGAUUCAGCAUGAAAGACACUGAGGAUGAAGUUAGGGAUAUUAUCCACAGCAAUCUGCAUCUGCAGAGCAAGCUUGAGGAUCCUGCCAUUAGGUGGCAGAUGGCCCUUUACAAAGAUUUACCAAACAGGAAUGAAGAUACUUCAGAUCCCGAGAAGACUGUGGAAAGAGUUCUGCAUAUAGCUAACGUACUUUUCCAUCUGGAACAGAGAUCUUCUAAAAUGCACCAGCGAUUUUUCUGUUUGGUUGAGCAUCCUCAGAGGUCCAAAAAGGCAGUGUGGCACAAAUUGCUAUCCAAACAGAGAAAAAGAGCAGUCGUGGCCUGCUUUAGAAUGGCUCCAUUAUAUAAUCUGCCAAGGCAUCGAGCUGUCAAUCUCUUUCUUCAAGGUUAUGAAAAGUCUUGGAUUGAAACAGAAGAGCAUUACUUUGAAGAUAAACUGAUAGAAGAUUUAGCAAAACCUGGAGAGGAGCCACCAGAGGAGGAUGAAGGCAUUAAAAGAGUUGAUCCACUACACCAGCUUAUCCUGCUUUUCAGUCGAACAGCCUUAACGGAAAAAUGCAAACUGGAAGAAGAUUUCCUGUAUAUGGCAUAUGCUGACAUUAUGGCAAAGAGCUGUCAUGAUGAAGAGGAUGAUGAUGGUGAAGAAGAAGUGAAGAGUUUUGAAGUCACAGGAUCUCAACGCAGCAAGGAAAAAGAAAUGGAAAAACAGAAGCUUCUGUACCAGCAGGCCAGAUUGCAUGAUCGGGGUGCUGCAGAGAUGGUGCUUCAAACUAUCAGCGCCAGCAAAGGUGAGAUGGGUCCCAUGGUUGCAGCUACAUUAAAGCUUGGGAUUGCUAUCUUAAAUGGAGGAAAUUCUACAGUUCAGUAGAAAAUGCUCGACUACCUCAAGGACAAAAAAGAUGUAGGCUUCUUCCAGAGUCUUGCUGGUCUUAUGCAGUCAUGUAGUGUUCUUGACCUAAAUGCAUUUGAACGCCAAAACAAAGCAGAGGGCCUUGGCAUGGUGACAGAAGAAGGAUCAGGAGAAAAGGUAAUGCAGGAUGACGAAUUCACCUGUGACCUCUUCCGCUUCCUCCAGUUGCUUUGUGAAGGACACAGUUCAGAUUUCCAGAAUUAUUUGAGAACUCAGACUGGUAACAACACAACUGUCAAUAUUAUCAUCUCCACUGUGGAUUAUUUACUAAGAGUUCAGGAAUCAAUUAGUGAUUUCUACUGGUAUUAUUCUGGGAAAGAUGUUAUUGAUGAGCAAGGACAACGUAAUUUCUCCAAAGCAAUUCAAGUUGCAAAACAGGUCUUCAAUACUCUCACUGAGUAUAUUCAGGGUCCAUGUACAGGGAAUCAGCAGAGUCUGGCACACAGCAGGCUGUGGGAUGCAGUGGUUGGUUUUCUUCAUGUAUUUGCCCACAUGCAGAUGAAACUAUCUCAGGAUUCUAGUCAAAUUGAAUUACUAAAAGAGUUAAUGGAUCUUCAGAAGGAUAUGGUGGUCAUGUUGCUGUCUAUGCUGGAAGGUAAUGUUGUGAAUGGAACUAUUGGCAAACAGAUGGUUGACAUGCUAGUGGAGUCUUCCAACAACGUGGAGAUGAUUCUGAAGUUUUUUGAUAUGUUCCUGAAGUUGAAGGAUUUAACUUCGUCUGAUGCAUUCAAAGAAUAUGACCCUGAUGGUAAGGGUAUAAUUUCAAAGAGGGACUUUCAGAAGGCAAUGGAAAGCCAUAAGCACUACACUCAGUCAGAAACCGAGUUUCUACUUUCUUGUGCUGAGACAGAUGAGAAUGAGACUCUGGAUUAUGAGGAAUUUGUGAAACGUUUCCAUGAACCUGCCAAAGACAUUGGUUUCAAUGUUGCUGUUCUUCUGACCAACCUAUCAGAGCACAUGCGCCAUGAUACCCGGUUGCAAACUUUCCUUGAGCUUGCAGAGAGUGUUCUGAAUUAUUUUCAGCCCUUCCUUGGACGCAUAGAAAUCAUGGGCAGUGCAAAGCGCAUUGAGAGAGUUUACUUUGAAAUAAGUGAGUCAAGUCGAACUCAGUGGGAGAAACCUCAGGUUAAAGAGUCUAAGAGGCAGUUUAUCUUUGAUGUAGUAAAUGAAGGAGGAGAGAAGGAAAAGAUGGAACUUUUUGUUAAUUUCUGUGAGGAUACCAUUUUUGAAAUGCAGCUGGCUGCCCAGAUCUCCGAGUCAGAUUUGAACGAAAGGUCAUCAAAUAAAGAAGAGAAUGAAAAAGAUAAGCCAGAGGAACAAGACACUAGAACGGGCUUCUUCUCCCUUGUGACUGUCAAGUCAGCCUUGGUGGCCCUCAAGUAUAAUAUAAUGACUCUUAUGAAAAUGCUUAGCAUGAAAAGCCUAAAGAAGCAGAUGAAGAAAAUGAAGAAAAUGACCAUGAAGGACAUGUUCAUGGCUUUAUUUUCUUCCUACUGGAGCAUCUUGAUGGGCUUACUGCAUUUCACAUGCAGUGUUUUCCGGGGCUUCUUUCGCAUCAUGUACAGUUUGCUACUCGGAGGAAGCCUAGUAGAAGGGGCUAAGAAGAUCAAGGUAGCUGAACUUUUAGCCAAUAUGCCAGAUCCCACUCAGGAUGAGGUACGUGGCGAUGGGGAAGAGGGAGAGAGGAAAUCCACAGACGCUGCAUUGCCUGCAGAAGAUUUGACUGAUCUAACAGUUUUAUCAGAUGAGGGUGACCUACUGUCAGACAUAUUUGGCUUGGAUUUAAAGAGAGAAGGAGGCCAGUAUAAGCUGAUUCCUCAUAAUCCAAAUGCUGGUCUGAGUGAUUUGUUGAGCACACCUUCUUUACUCCCAUUACCUGAGAUGCAAGAAAAAAUUCAGGAGCAGAAAGUAAAUGAAGAUGAAAAGGAUGAGAAAGGAGAAACAAAAUCUGAACCUGAAAAAGCAGAGGGAGAAGAUGGAGAAAAGGAAGAGAAAGCCAAAGAAGACAAAGGGAAACAGAAGCUGAGACAGCUUCAUGCACACAGAUAUGGAGAACCAGAAGUCCAAGAAUCAGCCUUCUGGAAGAAAAUCAUAGCAUACCAGCAGAAACUUCUUAACUAUUUUGCUCGCAAUUUUUAUAACAUGAGGAUGUUGGCUUUGUUUGUUGCUUUUGCCAUCAACUUCAUCCUACUCUUCUAUAAGGUUUCCACCUCUGCUGUGAUAGAAGAAAAGGAAGUUCUUGUGAUAAAGGCCGAGGAAAACUCCAAGUUAAAUGGCCUGGAAAGUGGUUCUCAUAGGAUCAUCACUGUGCACUAUGUCCUCGAAGAAAGCAGUGGCUAUAUGGAACCCACGCUGCGAAUUUUGGCAAUCCUGCACACAGUCAUUUCCUUUUUCUGCAUCAUUGGAUAUUACUGUUUGAAAGUUCCACUGGUUAUUUUUAAACGUGAAAAGGAAGUUGCAAGGAAAUUGGAAUUUGAUGGGCUGUACAUUACAGAACAACCUUCAGAAGAUGAUAUUAAAGGGCAGUGGGACAGACUCGUUAUCAACACACAAUCAUUUCCUAACAACUACUGGGACAAGUUUGUUAAAAGAAAGGUUAUGGAUAAAUACGGGGAGUUCUAUGGCCGGGACAGAAUCAGUGAGCUACUAGGAAUGGACAAGGCUGCUCUGGAUUUCAGCGAUGCACGAGAAAAAAAGAAACCAAAGAAAGAUAGCUCCUUAUCUGCAGUGCUAAAUUCGGUUGAUGUAAAGUAUCAGAUGUGGAAAUUAGGAGUUGUUUUCACUGAUAAUUCUUUCCUUUACCUAGCUUGGUAUAUGACUAUGUCAAUCCUUGGCCAUUACAACAACUUUUUCUUUGCUGCUCAUCUCCUUGACAUUGCAAUGGGAUUCAAAACACUACGAACUAUUCUAUCAUCAGUAACCCACAAUGGCAAACAGCUUGUGUUAACAGUGGGAUUACUGGCAGUGGUAGUGUAUCUGUAUACAGUCGUGGCGUUCAAUUUCUUCCGUAAAUUCUAUAACAAGAGUGAAGAUGGUGAUAUGCCAGAUAUGAAAUGUGAUGAUAUGCUAACAUGCUACAUGUUUCAUAUGUAUGUUGGAGUGCGUGCAGGUGGUGGCAUUGGUGAUGAAAUUGAGGAUCCAGCAGGAGACGAAUAUGAGAUCUAUCGGAUCAUCUUUGACAUUACCUUCUUCUUCUUUGUAAUUGUUAUUCUAUUAGCCAUCAUACAAGGUUUAAUUAUUGAUGCUUUUGGAGAAUUAAGAGACCAACAAGAACAAGUUAAAGAAGACAUGGAGACCAAAUGCUUUAUCUGUGGGAUAGGCAAUGACUACUUUGACACAGUGCCCCAUGGUUUUGAAACGCACACGCUACAGGAGCAUAACUUGGCCAAUUAUCUGUUUUUUCUGAUGUAUCUCAUUAACAAAGAUGAAACGGAACAUACAGGACAGGAAUCAUAUGUAUGGAAAAUGUAUCAAGAACGGUGUUGGGAGUUUUUCCCUGCUGGUGACUGCUUCCGAAAACAGUAUGAAGACCAGCUCAAUUAAAAUACGAAUGAAAAUUGCCACGGAAAAUAUGUCCAUCCUUUUCCCAACUCUCUAGGGAAUAUCUGAUUUCUCAACUCUCCAAAGCUGUGUGCUUUUUGGAGCACCAAAGCUCUGUUUCUGAUUACCUGACUGUGCUGGGUUUUUUCUUGUUUAUUUGCUUUCAGAACAAUGGAGUAAAGAACAAUGAAAAUGUAAAACAGCAACUCAUGGG